AUGGGAGUUACCAGUUUCAAAGUUUCGCGUGGGUUGACCUACAGCUACAUCCACCUUAAGCCUAGUGUGGAGUCUCCGAAACCAUACAUUCUAUUCUUGCAUGGAUUUCCAUCCAUUGCCCAAGAAUGGCAUUGUCAGAUUGAACAUUUUGGGAAUUUAGGCUACGGUGUCAUUGCACCAGACCUUCUUGGCUACGGGCAAACAUCACGUCCUUUGGAUCCAUCGCUUUAUCGUCUCAAGCACAUGAGCCAAGAUAUAGUCGAUAUUCUUGACCAUGAGGGUAUUGAUGUUGCUCAUGGAGUCGGGCAUGACUGGGGCACUGGGCUUCUUUCGCGACUAGAGUUUUUCUUUCCACGACGGUUCGGCAAGAUCGCUCUUCUAGCUACCGGAUAUUUCGCCGUCGGGGCUCCCUUCAAUUUGGAUGCCCUCAAUGCCAUAACCCAAGAGAGCCUGGGGUAUUCCUUAUUCGGGUAUAUGAAGUUCUUCACGCAUGACCCGAAGGCAGUCGAAUUGACAAACAACCAUAAAGACUCGCUGACGUCCUUAAUGUACGCCAAGGACCCGGCUUUGUGGAAAGAGCAUCUCGCUCCUGUAGAUGCACUGAAACGAUGGUUGGAAAAAGAUCAAAAAGCAGAACUGGGGCACUGGAUCUCCGACGCAUAUCGCGUCGUCCGUGACGAAGCCUUCGCGAAGGAUAGUGGAUAUGAGGCUCCAUUAAACUGGUACCGUAGUCUUGUAUCUAAUUCUAACCUACAAGAUGAACCAGAGGAAUCUCGCGAGACAUACAAGUUGGAACGACCGGUGCUCCUUUUACUGGCCGAGAAUGACGCCAUCAGCUUACCAUCUAUUCAGUUGGAAAAUAUACGACACUCUGCCCUAGAUUUGACAGUCAAACAACUUCAAACCGGUCACUGGAUCAUGUUGGAAGCGGCAAAUGAAGUUAAUUCCGAGCUACAAUCAUUCUUUCAGGACUAA